UGCGAGCGCGGGGGUCCCUCCCAGAAGUGUGUCUGUGCGAAUGAUUCUGCCCUGUGUAAACAGGGCUGUGCGCUCGUGUACGCUGUGUAUGCAAGGCUGCGUGCGCUCAGGUAUCUGGGUUUCCGGGAAUUGUGCGCGGGUCGGCGCGCCGCGCCUGGGGCUGGGCUGCAGCGCGGCGGCCGCGCGCGGGUCGGGGCCGCGUCCCGCGUUCCGGGUUCGGCGCUGCCUCCCGGGCCGCGCGGUGUGUCCGCCCGCCGCCCGUGCGCCGCGCCGGGCAGUGUCUGCCGGGGUGGUGUGUCCCCGGGCCGCGAGCGCCUGCCCCCUCCCUCCCCUCCCCCUUGGCCCGCUCUCAGACUCAGAUAAAGCAUUUCCUUCCAUUGUCAUCCUACCCGGCCGGCCGGGCUGCCAGGGCCCUCCCCCUCCCGGCCCCCUCCCUUCCUCUCGCCGUCUCUCAGUCGCUCUGCAGCCGCCGGCGACUGGGGGGAUGUGAGGCCGGCGCCCCAGCCCCCCGCCCCGCCAUGAGCCCCCGGCUCUGAGGGCCCCGGCCCCUGGAUGCACAGCCCCGGCGCUGAUGGGACCCAGGUGAGCCCGGGUGCCCACUGCCCCAGUCCCCCUGGCACAGGCCGCCUCAGGCCCCCAGCGGACACGCCAGGCCCUCAGCCCCAGCCCAUGGACCUGCGGGUAGGCCAGCGGCCCCCGGUGGAGCCCCCGCCAGAGCCGGCGCUGCUGGCCCUGCAGCACCCCCAGCACCUGCACCACCACCUGCUGUUCGCAGCAGGCCUGCCUCAGCGCUCAGCGGAACCCAUGAGGCUCCCAAUGGACACGCCGGUGCCCCAGUUGCAGGUGGGGCAGCAGGAGCAAGAGCUGCGGCAGCUUCUCAAUAAGGACAAGAGCAAGCGAAGUGCCGUAGCUAGCAGUGUGGUCAAGCAGAAGCUGGCAGAGGUGAUUCUAAAGAAGCAGCAGGCAGCCCUAGAGAGAACAGUCCAUCCCAAUAGCCCCAGCAUUCCCUACAGAACUCUCGAGCCCCUGGAGACGGAAGGAGCUGCUCGCUCUAUGCUUAGCAGCUUUCUGCCUCCUGUUCCCAGCCUGCCCAGUGACCCCCCAGAACACUUCCCUCUCCGAAAGACAGUUUCUGAGCCCAACCUGAAGCUGCGCUACAAGCCCAAGAAGUCCCUGGAGAGGAGGAAGAAUCCACUGCUCAGAAAGGAGAGCGCCCCGCCUAGUCUCCGGCGGCGGCCUGCAGAGACCCUCGGUGACUCCUCCCCCAGUAGCAGCAGCACACCAGCAUCAGGGUGCAGCUCCCCCAAUGACAGCGAGCAAGGCCCCAACCCCGUCCUGGGCUCGGAGGCUGAUGCUGACCGCAGGACCCAUCCGACACUGGGCCCUCGGGGGCCGGUCCUGGGGAGCCCCCAUGCUCCCCUCUUCCUGCCCCACAGCCUGGAGUCUGAGUCUGGGGGCCCCUUGUCCUCUCGACUACAGCCCAUUCUCCUCCUCGAUCCCUCAGUCUCUCACGCGCCCCUGCUGACUGUGCCCGGGCUUGGGCCCCUGCCCUUCCACUUUGCCCAGUCCUUACUGACCACCGAGCGGCUCUCUGGGUCAGGCCUCCACCGGCCACUAAGCCGGACCCGCUCAGAGCCCCUGCCCCCAAGCGCCACCGCCCCCCCACCGCUGGGCCCCCUGCAGCCCCGCCUGGACCGGCUCAAACCUCACGUCCAGCUGAUCAAGAGGCCAGCCAAGCCAAGUGAGAAGCCCCGACUGCGGCAGAUCCCCUCAGCUGAGGACCUGGAGACAGAUGGUGGGGGAGUGGGGCCGGUGGGGGAUGACGGCCUGGAGCACAGGGAGUCAAGCCAUGGGCAGCACGAAGCCAGAGGCCCUAUUCCUCUCCAGCAGCACCAGCAGGUGUUCCUCUGGGAGCAGCAGCGACUGGCUGGGCGGCUCCCACGGGGAGGAACUGGGGACUCUGUGCUGCUUUCCCUGGCCCAGGGCAGUCACCGGCCCCUGUCCAGGGCUCAGUCAUCCCCAGCUGCGCCUGCCUCACUGCCAACCCCAGAGCCUGCCAGCCAGGCCCGUGUCCUGCCCAGCUCAGAGACCUCUGCCAGGACCCUGCCGUUCACCACAGGGCUGGUGUAUGACUCGGUGAUGCUGAAACACCAGUGCUCCUGCGGGGACAACAGCAGGCACCCGGAGCACGCGGGCCGUAUCCAGAGCAUCUGGUCCCGGCUGCAGGAGCGGGGGCUCCGGAGCCAGUGUGAGUGUCUCCGGGGCCGGAAGGCCUCCCUGGAGGAGCUGCAGUCAGUGCACUCCGAGCGGCACGUGCUCCUCUAUGGCACCAACCCGCUCAGCCGCCUCAAACUGGACAACGGGAAGCUGGCAGGGCUCCUGGCACAGCGGAUGUUUGUGAUGCUGCCCUGUGGUGGGGUAGGGGUGGAUACCGAUACCAUCUGGAAUGAGCUGCACUCUUCCAAUGCGGCCCGCUGGGCAGCUGGCAGCGUCACUGACCUUGCCUUCAAAGUCGCUUCCCGUGAGCUAAAGAAUGGUUUUGCUGUGGUUCGGCCCCCAGGACACCAUGCAGACCAUUCCACAGCCAUGGGCUUCUGCUUCUUCAACUCCGUGGCCAUUGCCUGCCGGCAGCUUCAACAACAGGGCAAGGCUGGCAAGAUCCUCAUCAUGGACUGGGAUGUUCACCAUGGCAAUGGCACCCAGCAAACCUUCUACCAGGACCCCAGUGUGCUCUACAUCUCCCUGCAUCGCCAUGAUGAUGGCAACUUCUUCCCCGGCAGUGGGGCCGUGGAUGAGGUGGGAGCUGGCAGCGGUGAGGGCUUCAAUGUCAACGUGGCCUGGGCAGGAGGUCUAGACCCCCCUAUGGGGGAUCCUGAGUACCUGGCUGCCUUCAGGAUGGUUGUGAUGCCCAUUGCCCGAGAGUUCUCUCCGGACCUGGUUCUGGUGUCAGCUGGGUUUGAUGCUGCCGAGGGUCACCCAGCCCCGCUGGGUGGCUACCAUGUUUCCGCUAAAUGUUUUGGGUACAUGACCCAGCAGCUGAUGAGCUUGGCGGGAGGUGCAGUGGUGCUGGCCUUGGAAGGCGGCCAUGACCUCACAGCCAUCUGUGACGCUUCUGAGGCCUGUGUGGCUGCUCUUCUGGGAAACAAGGUGGAUCCUCUCUCAGAAGAAGGCUGGAAGCAGAAACCCAACCUCAACGCCAUCCGCUCUUUGGAAGCCGUGAUCCAGGUGCACAGUAAAUACUGGGGCUGCAUGCAGCGCCUGGCCUCCUGUCCAGACUCCUGGGUGCCCAGGGUGCCAGGGGCCGACACAGAAGAAGUGGAGGCAGUGACCGCACUGGCAUCCCUCUCCGUGGGCAUCCUGGCUGAAGAGCGGCCCUCACAACAGCUGGUGGAGGAGGAAGAACCUAUGAAUCUCUAAGGCUUAGGACGGAUCUGCCUGCCCACCCUGCCCUUCGGACCUGGUUCUCUUCUAACCUCUGGCCAUAGUACCCAUUCCUGGAGUCUUCAGAGAGCCUUUGGGCAGGUAGUUGGGGCCAGAGAACGGCCCCUCGACAGUCACCCCAAGGAGCCUGAGAAGGGCCCUGGGUCUAGGAUAGGGACCAGAGAGGACCCCGAGAAGAGGCAGGCUGGGCAGUCGGCCAGCCCUUGGUAGGGCUCUCUCAAGAACAGAGUCUACCCCUUUGGGGUGCAGGCCCCUGUCUGGGCCCCCCUUCUUCAGGACUGCACAGAGGAGGACUGGCUCAGUCAGGCUCACCGAUAACCACUAUUCUUGGCUCUGUAGACCCUGGGCUUUGCACACAGCCCCAGGCUCCACACAGAAAUGUGAACUUGGCCUCAACCAGGGUGGCCCUUCUGAGGCUCUGAGGGCUGGGCCAGAGGGGGGGAGAAGGGGAUGGGUAGGAGGAGCCAGGGGGUCCCCUAUACCUGAGUGCAGGGGGAAUCCCUCUCACCUGCUUCUUCAGAUGACUCUGGAAGCUUCCUCCCCCCUCCCCCCGCCACUGGGCAGGGAGACAAAGCUCCUUCCAAGAGAGAGAGCAGUCCUUGGCAGGCCUCCCAUCUGGUCCCUGCCCCUGCCAGAGGCCACCCUACGUCCGCCAUCUCAGUGCCCUGGUGGAGCAGACAGGUGCUCUUGGAGUUCUGUGCUUCCUGAGCCAAUGGUGCCAAACUCUUCAUCUCCCCUCAGUAGCACAGCAUGACCACCAGGGACCCCUUGGUCACUGCCCUCCUCCAUGAGACUUCUCUGUUUCUGGGGUCUCCCUCACCCAGCUCUGACUCCUGCCCUCCAUAGGACCAGCUCGGCUGAGGGGAAAGGGGGUGGGAGAGUGGAUGCAAGACAUGGGGGAGGGGAGGCUGCCCUGGCCAAGUCUUCAAGGCUUCUGGGGUCCAGGCCUGGGGCCAAGAAGGAAAGUAUUUGUGUGCUAGAGAGAGUGAGAGUAUGUGUGUGUGUGUGCGUGUGUGUGUGUGCGUGUGUGUGCACGCGCGCGUAUGUGUGUGUCUUCCCGAGGACCACCACCCCCUGUGUAUGUAUGCAUGUUUUUGUAAAAAAGAAAAAAAAAGAAAAGAAAAAAAUGGAAAAAAAAUCUGAAUAAAUGUUUUAUUUGCUUUAAA